CUAUUCUUUCCACCAUUCCUCUCUCUCAGUCUUCUCUCUAUUCAACUCUCUCUCUCUCUCUCUUCUUCUUCGGAAAUUAUUACUGCUUUUCUGUUGAUCUGAUAAUGGCACUUGAAGCUUUGAACUCACCCACCGCUCCUCCACCAUCCUUUAAGUUCGAUGCCGCCACCUAUUUUGAGCCAUGGACUAAGGGCAAGCGGACCAAGCGCCCUCGCAGCCUCGGCCGCCUUCAUGAUGACGCCCCAUCUGAAGAAGAGUACUUGGCUCUCUGCCUUGUUAUGCUUGCUCGAGGCGGCGCUCCGCCCCUUCACCCUAAGCAAUCGCAGCCCCAACCACGGAUUCCCAUGGUGGCGUCCGCUGAUCCUUCUAAGUUGGUGUAUAAGUGUUCCGUCUGUGAUAAGGCGUUUGGAUCCUACCAAGCUUUGGGAGGGCACAAGGCCAGCCACCGCAAGCUCAGUUCCGGGGAUGACAACCCCACAUCAACCUCCACCUCCACCGCCACCACAUCCACCGUCGCUACUGGUGGUAGCGGCGGGAGGACCCAUGAGUGUUCUAUCUGCCACAAGUGCUUCCCCACGGGGCAGGCCUUGGGGGGCCACAAGCGAUGCCACUACGAAGGCGGCGCGCCGAGCAGCAAAGGCGCGGGAGCAGGGAGCAGCGUGGCGGCGACGACGACUUCGUCGGAGGGCGUGGGCUCCACUGUUACCCACCGGGAUUUCGACCUGAACCUGCCGGCUUUGCCGGAGUUCUGGCGGGGGUUCAGCUCCGGCGUUGAGGACGAAGUUGAAAGCCCCCAUCCCGCCAAGAAAUCCCGUCUUUCGUUGCCGGCGAAGUUGGAAAUCUUUUGAAGAAAUCAACACAACCACAGAAUUUAGUUACAAAUGAUACGUUUUUUGGUUUGUCUUAAUCAUUGGUUAGUAAGAAUUUUUUGGGUGUAAAUAGAAAGUGGAAAGAAAUCAAUGAAAUCCAGCCAUUGUUUAAUUGAUUUAUUCUUUUUGUUGUUCUGGUAGAUCAAUUAUAUAUAAGGUGUUUGCUUAUUACUGUUCAAUCAAAUCUUGGCUUGAAAUGA